AAAUUUUUUGUAGUGCUAUAGAUUAAAAUUAAAAAAAAAAAAUAUCUGCAAAAAAAUAAAUUAAUUUAUUUUCAAUUUUAAGUACAUUUAAUGUACCUAUUCCAAUUUUUGGAAUAGUUAAUUUAAAUUUGAGUGAUUUUAUUUCUAAUAUAUAUUUAAAUAUAUAUAUAUAUAUAUAUAUAUAAUUGUAAUUAAUUCAAGAUAACAUUAGAUAACUACUUAAGGAGGAAACGAAUAAUUUAAAAUGUCUGGAAUUAAACAGAAACGAGUUGAUAUUACAUUUAAAAAUUUAACAUAUAUUGUGAGCGUACCAAAAACAAAAGCUAAAAAGAAAAUUUUAAAUAAUGUCUAUGGACAAUUUAAAUCUGGUGAAUUGAAUGCUAUUAUGGGUCCAUCCGGAGCUGGAAAAUCAUCUUUAAUGAAUAUAUUAACUGGAUUUAUACGUGGUGAUAUAUCAGGUGAUAUUAGUUUUGGUGCAGAACUUAAAAAUAGCAAAGUAUGCUGUUAUAUAUUACAAGAUGAUUUAUUCUUUCCAUGGUUUACUGUAGAAGAAGUUAUGCUGCUGGCGGCUACAUUAAAAAUUUCAAAUAAAUCAUUACCUUUUGAAGAGAAAAAAACACUUAUUGAUGAUAUAUUAAAAUCAUUGCAUUUAUCGAACGCUAGAAAUACAAAAUGUGCAAAAUUAUCAGGGGGACAAAAAAAGAGAUUAUCUAUAGCAUUAGAAUUAGUUGAUAAUCCACGUGUUAUAUUUUUAGAUGAACCGACAACGGGUUUAGAUGCUUCCUCUUCAAUGGAUUUAAUAAGACUUUUAAAAGAUUUAUGUAGUGAAGAUAGAACAAUAGUUUGUACUAUACAUCAACCGUCCGCUUCCAUUUAUGAAUUAUUCGGUCAUAUUUAUGUACUUAAUAAGGGUAUGUGCGUUUAUCAAGGAUCUCCAAAAAAUACAGUACCAUAUUUGCAGUCAGUAGGUGUUGAAUGUCCUGCAUAUCAUAAUCCAGCAGAUAUUUUGUUAGAGGUAACAAAUGGUGAAUAUGGCGAUUAUACAAAAGCAAUGGUGGAGGCCGCAAAAGAUACAAAAUGGAGACGAUAUGAUUUAGAAUCGAAUAGUAUACAUAGUAAAAUAAAGGAGAGAAGUGAUCAUAAUGGAACAAAAAAAAUUAAAUCAUAUCAAAAUAAUCAUAUUUAUCCACCCGAUGAACUUUUUAGGCUAUGGGUUUUAUUAGGAAGAUGUUAUGUUCAAUUUUAUAGGGAUUGGACAGCUACACAUUUAAGAUUAAUAGCACAUAUUUGUUGUGGAAUUUUAAUGGGUUUAUUAUAUGGGGAUUCAGGUAUUAAUGCUAGUAAAACAAUUUCAAAUACAGGACUUUUUUUGGUAACAAUAGUAUAUUUAUGGUAUACAACUUCAAUGCCAGGUGUUUUAAGAUUUCCAAUGGAAAUUGCCACAAUCAGAAAAGAAACAUUUAAUAAAUGGUAUAAUAUUAGAACAUAUUAUAUGGCUACACUAAUUACUUCAAUCCCAAUGCAUAUAAUAUACUCAAUGAUAUUCGGAUCUAUAAUAUAUUUUUCAACAUAUCAACCUUAUGAAAUCGACCGAUAUGGGAAAUUUAUAUUAGUUCAUAUAAUGACAACUAUUGCAGCAGAUGGAUUCGGUAUACUGAUUGGAACAUUUGCUGGUCCAGUUAAUGGUACAUUCUUGGGUGCUGUGCUUUGUUGUUUUAUGUUAAUUUAUUCAGGAUUUUUCAUAUUUUUCGCACAUAUGUCGAUAUUUAUGAGAACUAUUUCAUAUUUAUCUCCACAAAGAUUUGCCUUUGAAAGUAUUGUUUUAACAUUAUAUGGUGAUAAUCGAAGUAAUAUGAUAUGUCCAGAUGAAGAAAUUUAUUGUCAUUUUAAAAAUCCAAAGAUGCUUUUAAGUACAUUAGGUGUUACAGAUGAGAGCAGUUACGGUUUCAAUAUCCUAAUGCUUAUAAUACAAUUUGCAAUAUUCAGGCUUGUAGCGUUCUUUGGUUUAAAAAGAGCGUUAAAAUGAUUACACGAGAAUACAUCUAAAAAGAUGUGAUUAUAAAAAUAAUAUUUAUAAAAAUAUUUACAUUUGUAUAUAUGUAUAUAUUUUUGAAUUUCUGCGAUAUGUUCUAGAAUAUAAUAUAUUAUUAUAAAACCCACACUACGUAUAUAUAUAUAUAUAUAUAGCUAUAUAAGUGAAAUUAAUUUAAUUUGUAUUAUUAAAAAAAUAUUUGUUAUAUUUGGAGCUGUUUUGUAAAUAUAAAUUAAAAAUAAGAAUCG